UCUGAGUCAGCACUCAUUGUAUUUUCCAGACUGCCCAUGACAGGUUGGGAAGGGGAGGGAGCUGUCAUGUGUUUUCAGAUAGUGACCUUAGUCAGUGAAUGGCUUUUGAGCAGAGCAAUAAGUUCAGCUUUGCUUGUAAAAUAGUCAGUGGCUGUUUGGCAUCCUUGACACCAAAGUGAUAAAAGAGGAAGUAAAGAAGAAGAAGCUAUUUAGCAACUCAUGAGAAAAGAACAUAUUGGACGUGUUCAAGGAGUAAUAUAGCAUCACACUGCAUUCCCAACAUCAGAGGAAAAGCAACAAUCUGAAUCUCUCAACCCUUUGGUGUUACCAACAAUGGCAUUCCAUGGUAGAACUGUCUCUUUUUUCUUCUCAAUCUGUGUGGCAAACUUCAUAACACAAGAUGUAAUUCUUCUGAAAAAUAUUUACAUGACCAACUGCAGAAUUGCAGGUGUAGCGCUUGUUGCAGCCAAGAAUGGAACCAAUUUUAAUUUUGCUGAAGCAAAAACAGUUUGUAGGCAGCUGGGAUUAACACUAGCACAAAAAUCCAAGAUUGAAGCUGCUUGGAAGCAUGGCUUUGAAACUUGCAGUUUUGGCUGGGUAGCAGAAGGCUAUGCUGUAAUUUCUCGUGUAACUCCAAAUGAAAAAUGCGGUCAGAAUAAAACUGGGAUUUCCAGCUGGAGAAUGAAACUAGACAGGAAAGCUCGUGUUUAUUGUUAUAAUUCUUCAGAUACGUGGAUUAAUUCAUGCAUCCCGGAACAAAGCACAGUUGCAUUACCAGACAGUUCCACUGAGAUGAAAUCCACCGUAACAGCCUCAUUUCAGGAUACCACCAGAGGGUUUGACACAACUCCGUUACUAAAAACUCCAAAGUCCCCAAAGUAUCGCAUCAUAUGUGUAACAGAAACUUUACCAUCCGAACCAACUCCCGAGAAGGAAAAUCGGCUUUUCACUGAAAAACGAACUGCCUUUAAAAAUGAGGGUGUCCCAUUUGGAGGUAAUAGACAUACUCAGUGCUGUGAAUGUCAUGGUUUUAUGUUAGAGCAGGGGUCCCCAACCCCCUUCCGUAGACCGGGCCACAGCAUGCCAUCAACCGGUCCGCACAAACAAGCAAAGCCCCAUCCACGGGAUGCACUCAACAUACAAAACCAGACACCCUUUGGUCUGUGGAAAAACCUCUCUCCACAUAACCGGUCCCUGGUACCCAAAAGGUUGGGCAUCUCUGUGUUAAACAGAAGACAAAGGAAAACCUCAGGUUUAAAAUUUUUGCUGGCUUAGAGAGGAACUUAAAAGAUGUCCUUUUGGGGUGGCAAGAUGAAUCAAACCAUUAUAACCAGAAAUAUAGUCUUUUCCUUUUUUUUUUAUUAAAAAGUUUUACAAAAAUUACAAAAUAUAGCCCAAACCCACUCCCCUU